UUCAGCUCGAGCUGCGGGCGCGCUCGGUCGGCAGUUUAUUGAUUGUGCGGCAAAGCGCGGCAAAGACAGACAGACAGAGAGAGAGAGUUGUUGCAGCCAACGCUGAAGCGGAAACGGAAGUGCAGCAACAGCAACAUAAACUGUACAAACUGUUGCUUGGCUUUGGUUUCUAGUUGCAAGUGUCGUAACGCAAUUAAGACAAUUACCAAAGUUAACUUUUUUGUGCAAUUAGCAAACAAGUUUUGCCAACUCCAAAAAGAGUCAAAAAUGCAGCGACAGCAACAGCAGCCGGAGCAGCAGGAGUAAGGUUAACCUGAGCCCCGAUCCCCGCCAGAAAUUGGUAGAUAUGGCACAGCAGCAGCACAGCUGGGAUGGCGGCGAUGCCUCUGGUUAUGGCAGCAGCAACCAUGGACAUCCACGCACACACACACAAACACACUCGCAUGGACAUGGCCACAAGACACCAGCGCGAGCUGUCAGCAAUCCGUUGCCAUAUAAAGGAGCCACACCCAAAUCGCCAAGAAGCUACCAUCCGGCACCGCCUUCGGUGUAUGCCACGCCCACGCAAACGGGCUACAGCUAUGGCUACGACAGCUAUGAGCCGCCCCGGAGUCCAAAGAUAACGACAAGCUACGCGAACGAUAGCUGUGAUGAGCCGAGCAUCUCGACGCCUUCCUCCUACUACCAGACACCCAACUCGGGCUCUACGGAUGACUCCGCCUCGCUGCUGAGUGGCCAUGGUAUGACGCGGAGUCCCAAAUCUCCGUGUCAGUUUGUAUUCGAUGCCGUCAGUCCGGGUGGCGGCGACACUGAGCCAUCGGGCAUGAGCCGAAAAUUUGAAUACUAUGAGCCCAUCUCACCGGACGAUGGCUCGCUGUACUAUGAACCGCCGAGUUCGCCCCGACGACAGGGCUCCAAGAAGCUAAUGCGAUCGGAGCAAGUGCCUCAUGUGACCACAACGGGAGCGAAUGGAAAACGGCGUCGCGAUGAAUGGGAAUUGCCCGUAAUAACCAAAAUCGAUGCACGCUGUCUGAAUGCAGUCGCAGAAAGAGCCAAUUACGGUGCAGGUGGUGCAGGUAGUGCAAGUGGUGCAGGCUGUGCGUCUGCUGGUGGUGGUGGUUACUACAACGUUAAGCGUGACUCUUGCGUCACGGAGUGCACACAGCUGUCGAUGGAAUCGGCGGACACGCAGCCGACACAGCACACAAACACAACUACAACGAGCUUUAGCUAUACGGACACAGAUGCCGGCACAGUGACCACGAGUGAUUUGCAACAGUUGCAGCGUCAGCGUCGACAUGCCAUCAACAUCACCUCGAAUCCGGGCUAUCAGGUGUUGCACAGUUCCCACUCCACACUGGAUCGCACCUGUUCGGAUAGUGUGGUGUCGUUGCGCUAUCGGAAGUCAACCAGUGAUCUCACCCAGGAUGCGGAGCAUGAGUUGAGCGGCUGUAAGCCGUCAAAGCCGAAACGGGAUCAGGUUGAGUAUAAGCCACGGCGGCGAGGCAGCUCCAAGGGCGGCCUGGCCUAUUUGGCUAGUCGUCGCAGUUCGCGUGAGUCGAUGAAGAGCGCCUGCUCGAAUGCUUCCAUUUUCUCCAACGAUGACAUCGGUCCGUUGGCCUUCCAGAGCUCAAAUCGCGGUCGACAACGUCGCACCUCCAAUUUUCUAGAGUUGCCAGUACCUGAUCACAUUCGCCCGCGUGUGUGCUCACUGCCGGAACGGCCGUAUAAUCCACGGGCCAGCGAUGAUCUCUAUCGUCUGCGUCACUUCUCCAUCAGCAAGGGCAACGUAGUCAAUUGUGGAGAUUCGAUUAUAUCGAGACGUUCCCGCAGCAAUACCAGCGUCAAUUCCACCAAUAGUCGGGCGAGUGAGCGUUCACCCUUCGAGGGUAGCUGCUGUGGUGGUGCCUAUGCAAAUGUAGAUUCGCUGCCCGCCUCACCGGAUGAGUCGGAUAACAUGGAUCCACCGCCGCCGGCUCGCUAUCGUGUCGUCAUGUUGGGCGACGCGGGUGUGGGAAAGACAGCACUCGUUAAUCAAUUUAUGACAUCGGAAUAUAUGCACACAUACGAUGCAAGUCUGGACGAUGAGUUCGGCGAGAAGACGGUCAGCGUUCUGCUCGACGAUGAGGAAUCCGAAAUGGUUUUUAUCGACCAUCCCAGUGUGGAGAUGAGUGUGGAGAAUUCACUGUCCACGUACGAGCCGCACGGCUGUGUUAUCGUCUUCUCCGUGGUGGACAAGGGCUCCUUUCGCAUUGCCGAGGAGAUUAUCAACUAUUUGUGGCAGGAGAACUACACCAAGGAUAAGGCCGUCAUACUUGUGGGCAACAAGGCUGACUUGGCUCGUGCUCGGCUUAUCACGUCACAGGAGGGCAAAACGUUGGCCGCCUCACGCGAUGCCAAAUUUAUUGAGACGUCCAGUGGAAUUCAGCACAAUGUCGAUGAGCUGCUCGUCGGGAUACUGAAGCAGAUGCGUCUGAAGGAGAAACGCGAACAGAAAGCGACCUCAUCGAAGAUGAAAACCUCGCGAACCCACAUCUCGCUGCAUCUGGCCAAGGAAAUCCUACAAAAAAUAUGCCUUAGCGACAUUUCCAAAUCGAAAAGCUGUGAAAAUCUUCACGUGCUGUAAAACAAAAGAAGUCAAGAAUAAAUAAAAAUAGAGUCCACCACCAAAAAACAAAAGUGCUACAAAUCAAAUAGCCAAAAAACAAAACAAAAAAAAAUGAGAAAACCCAGAGCUAAACAAAAAUUAUUUUGCUAGCAUUUUAGAAGAAAAAAAAUUAUAUACACAUCAAGUACAUAUGUACCUCCAGCCCAGAUAUAUAUAUAAGUAUAUAUAUAUAUUAUAUAGCCAAUGCUCAGCUUGCAUUAAAACUGUUUUGAUGUUCUCUUUUUAAAGGCAUUUUUACGAGUAUUAUAAACAUAUACAAAUUAUUAUGAAUGUUGAGACAAAAAACCAAAAAAAAAAAAACCCAAAUUAUUACAGCCAAUUUGCGUGUGCGAUAUAUAGACCCAUAGUAUGAGUAUGUGUAUGUGUGUGAGUGUAUGGCUUAAGAAAGUUGAGAGCAAACACUUUGCAAAAGAUGUUGUCAAAUGUUGUGGCAGACGAAACGCACUCAAAUUCUCGGCGGUUUAGGGCUCAUCUUUUUUAGGUGUCUGUAAAACUUGACAAGCACUUGAGCAAACUUUAAUUGUGUUUCAACAAUUUUUCUUAUUAGCUGAUUUGUCUGUCAUAGGGCUGGCAUUACUUUGACACGCAAAUGAGAAAAUAUAUCCAAAUCAUAUUACUUGUACGAAAAACACUUCUCAGAGUUAGAAAUGGGGAGAUAAUUUACUGGGUUGAAGUUAAAAAUGAAUGCUUAUCAAUUUCUAAGCAAAUAAGUGUGCUGUAGUAGAGAGCUCUCGACUAGCAGCUAACCGGAAACAGUUUUUAAAUACAAAGUAGGCUGACAUUCAUUUCAAUAUGAAAAUAAGUUUUGGUGCCCACAAUAUUAUUAGAUAUCAGUUUGUUUAAUAUGAUUUAUGAUUAUACGAUCUACAAUUCUUACAGUUAUCGAUAAAAUUAAAUAAAUUUGCGUCUGGUACUCCAUUCCAAUUCCAAUUUAAAGUUUCCAGCUCUUAUAAUCUAAGAGAUUUAUACGGAUGGUCAGACAAACCGAUGGACACGGCUAGAUCGACCCGAUCAAGAUUAUAUAUACCUUAUUGGGUCGUAGAAGCGUCAUUCUGCUCUGCAUACAUAUGCUUUUCCAUACCGUUAUCGCAAUUUUGAAUAAGUUCAAAAGUGUUUUGGUUUUGUGAAUGAUUUGAAAUCAGAGAGAUUGGCAUUCGAAGCAAUGUUCUAAUAAAUUCCAGGAACUUUUUUGACCCAGCUGCCGAGAUGUGAUUGACUUUUGGCUCCCACACUGCGCUCCAAGACACAAGCCACCUUUUCUCACAUAGUACGUCGCAGUUAUUGAAUGUGGCAUGUGCCUGGUGCGGUCAGGCCCCUAUUGAGAUUUAAUGAUAGUGGGCUAUUUGUUUAUGGUGAACGCUCUGAUUAUGAUUAGAGCCCCAGACACACAGUUAUCGGCAAGAGUCGAGCGUCUGGCCUUGGCAUAGCCUCCAGUUUCUGGCACCUACAUAUUUGGGUUGUGUCUCAGGCCUCGCUGAUAAGUCAAAGAAUAUUCGAGGGGAAAGAGUAUUUUUUAAUUGUCGCUCACACAUACAUACAUAUCAUAAUUUGUACGCAUUAAUAUUAAAUUGUAUAAUUGUAUAUUUCUAUGUGUUCCAUGCAAUGCAAACAGUAAAAACAACAUUUUAAAUUCAAUAAU